AAUUAUAUUUUUUGCAUUUUCUCUCUUAUUUAAGUAAAAGUUUCCUUUUAUUCGUAGAAACUUCAAUUUCUUUAUUAGUAAUUAUUCGCAACUUCGUCGAUACUUUCCUCGACUAUUUACUACCCUGCUGCAGAACAUAGUAACUUUCGCAACUGCGCAAGUGUAUUGAUACCAACCGACACUUCGUUAUUAGCACCUCUGAAAAGUUAGUUAUAUUAAAGAAGGCUUAGUUUGCUUUUACCUUCUCGGACAUCCAGAAAAACAAGUACUCUCUAACUCUCUAGUAACUGUCACUACCUUGUAUCUGUCGAAAAACAAAUUGGAUAAGACGAUGCAAUGGAUAAAAGCACAAAUGAUUGUUUUGAUAAGAGACAAACAUCUUCCCGUCGUCGCGUUGAGAAACCAUUCUCGAGUGUCAAGAUAAUACACAGUAAAAACGAAGAGAAGAAACGUAAGAGCAAACCCAAGGAGAGAUGGCCGUUUUACAGACUGACAGUUGAUGAAUUGGCUCGCUAUCGAAAGAGAAAGGUGCAAAAUCAACCGAAGGACUAUUUUCAGUCUGACCAGAAAUCAAUUACUCAAAAUCUUGCGUCUGAAUAUCGCCGUGCUUUCGGUAUAAAUAUCGGAGAAGUAUCUGAGGAAAAUACUUGGCUGGUAAAAGACAUAACGGAAAAAAAUAAAGAUAAUUUACAUAUAGAUGCUCUGUCUUCGUAUCACAUAGAUUUUAAAAAGUACAAAGCAAUGGAAAAACCACCUGCAACAAACGAAAAUGCUUCUCAAUUGACUAAUAGAAAUGAAAAAAUAAAAAUAACAGAUACCUUACAAGUCAAGUCCUUCGAACGUUCGUUGCUUAAGAGAAGGAGUACCAGCCUGAAGUGCGACGGGGAGUUUUACACCGAUACGGAAACUUUUUCGGCGUAUAUACCGUACGAAGGUCGCCAUCGGCCUGAGCUUGCUCGUCGAUCCACGUUCUUGAAGAUGGAGGGCGAUCUGAAUACUAUGACGGAGAAGUGCGAGAAAUUUAUCGAAUGGCUUUCCGUCAGUCGACCAUCGCUCAUGCGUGUGCCUACGCAUCUGAAAAUGGAAGGUGAGUUAGAAACUGAGACAGAAAAUAAAAACAAGUAUGUUCCGUUUGUAGGUGUACGAAGACCAGAAUUGUUAAGACGAAACACGAACUUGAAACUCGAGGGAAAUAUCUUUUUUGUGCCGGAAUAUACUGAUGUGUUCAGAGAUUAUAAAAUUCAAAAUAAUAAUGUUACGAUUAUAGAUAGAUUGCAGUCAAAAGAGUCACAUUUACAUAGUAUCUUGUCUCAGAGCACGGAGAGUGCUAAAGAGCUGUUGCGAGAAACAGCUGAACAACUUAAAGACAAUGAAACGAAUAAGUAUACAAAGGAUCAGGAAGAGAACAGAAAAAAUGACGAGGAGAUGCAAAUGUUGGUGUCUAAAUUAGAACAUUUGAAUGAUCGACCGCUCGAAACUCCGGAAUAUCGAGAUGCAUACAAGGAUUUUCCUCGCGAACAACCUACUAUCGUGAAACCGAAUAACGUAAUAGGUCGUGCUGAUGGGUCAAAAGUAUUCUCACCGCCAUUCUUCAAGUUCUCUGCGAAGAUAGACCAAGAUCCGGAGUAUCAGUCCCACCAUCAAAACUAUCCGCGAGAUCAACCUAUAUAUCGUAAAUCAUCGUCGUUACUGCGACCAACAGUAGCCUAUUCUUCCACUCGCCAUAGCGCAUGCUUUGAUAGUUCUACUUAUGAUAGAGACUAUCCUACAUUCAAGUAUGAACCUACUUGUGAGUCAGAAUGUAAGAGUUCUUACUGUGAAAAAUACGAUUAUCGAAGCUUUAAUGACUUCAAGACAACUUAUCGUAAGUGUGAUCAAAGCGCUACAAGAAAAAACGAAGAUGAGUUGAACGAUAACAAUAACAGAGAGUACGACGAUAUAAUCAUCCCGGAAAGUGCUUUUUGUGUGCUAAACACGAGAAUCGACGAAAAGAAUAAAUGGAAACCACCUUCACUUAUCAGCACGAGAAAUUACAGGUUUAAUCAAGUCACAAUGCCGUCGAGAUCAACACGCUCGGAAUUGGUGGAUCGUUCACUUAUUACUGCGCGAUAUGUUAGUCCAACAUAUCGACUGCACAUGUGCAACGUUGAUAACGAGUCGCAAAGUUCCAGUCAAUUAAAACAGUCUUCCGAAAAAGCAUGUAACUCCUCGACCGAUACUGCGAUUCAGAAUGACGUAGCUAAACCAUACUCGCCCAGUUUUGGCAAGAACAGACAAAAUCGUCGCAUCGAUCAUCCCUUUGUCGUCCUGGAUAACGCUUUAAAAGACACGCGAAAACCACAAACAGACAUAUCUUGCUCGAAUCACAUCAACAGAAAUGUUAAUGUCAUACCGAUAUCGCGAAAGAAACCUAAAACACCAACUAAAUGGAUGCCACUAUGGUAUGACAAUACAAAUGCGAUCUAAAAACUUCAAUAAUAUACGAAUUGACUGAAACAGUGUUCUAAAUAUCACAAAUUGUUAUAUUUUAAACGUUUAUAUUAUACAUAUAUAUGUGAUAAAUGUAUAUAUAAAUUUAAACAACAAAUAUAGACACUGCCUAUAAACUUUA